CCGUCCUCUUUCGUUGAGGCCAACAACUAUCGCGGCGGAGCUUUCUGGUCGUUCUAAUACCUCGGUGAACUUCACUUGAAUGCUUCUAGCUAGUAGCUUGCCAAUAAACAGUAGCGCCACCGCUCCUACACCGAAAGAAGCAUUACUAGUAGUACGUAACUCCAGAUAACGACUCCAUUCUGUGGUAAGAAGCGCUGCGACUCCGCAAAGAGCGCACGGAGCGCAAGGAGCGGCGCCUUAGUAUGGCGGCGGAAGUGGAAGCUACGGCGGCUCCGGCGGAAGCUCCGGCAUUCGCCUCUCCGCCUUCCCCCCGGCCUCGGCGCGUCUUCUCCCACCCCGUCCGCCUCUCAUCUAUGCCGACCUUGCAAGUACCACGGCACGGGAUAAACGCCGGCCCGGCGGGCCGAAGGCUUCCAGAGCUCUUCGCGGAAUCAGCAGGGCUGGCGGCACCGCGUGACGACAUCGCGACACACAACGACGGCGUUGACGGAGAGGCGGGUUAUGCGGCGGAAGAUGUGGUGGGAGAUGCGGCGGGCGAUGCGGCGGGAGAUUCUGCGGCAGAUGCCGCGUGGACGGAGCGACAAGGCGGGGCCACGUCGGAUAAGCCACUACCAUGUGCAAUGCGUCCAGGGGAGAAGAUAGUAGCAGCAUCUCCGGAUCGCUUGGAUGCGAGCGCCAUAGCGGCGCUGGUGAAUGCGGAUGGGUACGGGUGGAUUAAGUACGGCGAGAAGCGCAUCUGCAACAACACAGCCAUCAGGGCGUACUACAAAUGCACGUGGGCGCGCGCGCGCCUGUGCUGCCGCGCGCGCAAGAUCGUCGACUUACACCCGGAGCACCCCGAACGCACUGCCGUGGAGGCGCGCCACGACCACAACCACCCGCGCUCCGCGGGCCCCUUCCCCCGCGCGCUCGCGCUCCCCCGCUUCCGCGGCGGGAAGCCCCCCACCGCCUCCGCCAUUAUGCGCGCAAAGGCGCGCGGAUUCGCGGGCCUCCCGUAUAUCGGCAGUGGAGAGCCCCUCCUCCAGGGGGACGCCGCCGCCGCGUCCCGCGGAGACCGACCCGAAGACCGAGAUCCAGAGCUUCCGCCGCCGCAGAUGAGUCCGCGCAAUUGGGGGCCUGUCCGCGGAUCCGGCGCAAGCGCGGCGGCGAUCCCCGGCGCGACGACGAUCGCGGAAGCGGUGAGGAGGAGGCUCGCCAUUGGCAGAGCUGCGCCGGACGGCGGUCCGUCCGUCCCGGCCCGCGAAAGGCUUGCAGACGGCCCCGACGCGUGGCGAUCCGCCACCGCCGCUGCCGCCGCCGCCGCCGCCGCGUCACCAUCUGGCUUGAGUCGCGCUGAGGCUCGCAGAAAUUGGCGGGGAACUGGCGACGCCGCCGCCACUGGCCGCCGCGGCUUGCGCGGCUCUACUGCACCGUUCGCGCAUGGUGGGACCGCGCUGGCGGAAGCCCUGGCGGAAGCUGCUCCGAGUGUGCCGGGACUGAGCGCCUUUCUGGCGCAGGCGCAGGCCCAGGGGAAUGCGUUGGUUCAGGGGGAUGCGCGGAUUCAGGGGGGUGCGCGCGGUGAGGGGUAUGCGCGCGUUGAGGGGGAUGCGCGGGUUCAGGGAAAUGCGCAGGUUCAGGGGGAUGCGCGCGUUCAGGGGCAUGCGCGCGUUCAGGGGCAUGCGCGCGUUCAGGGGCAUGCGCGCGUUCAGGGGCAUGCGCCCGUUCAGGGUGAUGCGCGCGUUCAGGGGGAUGCGCGCGUUGAGGGGGAUGCGCCCGUUCAGGGGGAUGCGCGGAUUCAGGGGAAUGAGCAGGCGCAGGAAGACGGGACAACAAGUGAGCCCGUUGCAAAGCGAAUGUGCGGCAUUGCCGUUGCAAGAAUAGCUUUGAACGCUGGCUAUGGGAACUGCAAUGGUGCUACUGGUGGCUCUGCUGGUGGCGGCGGGGCUGGCGGCGGCGGCGCUGGUGCUGGUGCUGCUGGUGCUGCUGUUGCUGCUGCUCAGAAUGUAAGGUCUGCGCCAGAGGUUACCAAAUGGAUGGCCGCAGGACGAGACGUGGAAGCACGAGCAGCAGCAGCAGCAGCAGCAGCAGCAGCAGCAGCAGCAGCAGCAGCAGCAGCAGCAGCAGCAGCAGCAGCAGCAGCAGCAGGAGCAGCAUAUAGGGUUGAAGCCCCCGCAUUGCAGGGACACUCACAGGAAUUGGCGGAGGCAUGUGCCACACAACACGGCUAUAGCAGCGGUGGCAGCGGUGUUAUCAGUGGCAGCAGUGGCAGGGGUGGAGACAGCAAAUGUGGCGGCGGUGGCGGUGGCUGGCGCAGCUGUGGCGGUCCCAGCAAGCGAAGGCUCCCUGAACCAGCAGCGGGUGCAGCGGCCACAGGAAGUGCAGCGGCGGAAACUCCUGUACCGCGCAUCAGCCUCUGCGCAGAUACCGCUGCUCCUGCUGUCAAAGUCGAGCCCUGCCACUCGCCGCCUUGCACCCUGCCGUCCCUUGCAUGUGAACACUUCCCCUCCCAGCGCCAUACCCCCCCAACGCCCUCCCUCUCCCCAGCGUGGAGCUCCCCUCUCACAGCAUCCCCCACCACUCCCUUGACUCGUGUUCCGAAUGCUGCUGCCCUAGAUCCUGGCUCUUGGGUUGCUGCUUCUGCUCCUCCCCCUGCUGUACAGAUGCAGCAACAGUUUUUCUUACUCUCGUCACCGCUGUCUGUCACUACUGCUCCCAGCAUCACAUCUGCAGCAUCGAUUCCAACCUUAUCUCUGGAGACGUCACAGCUCCUGGCAGACAUGGAGCGCCAUGCAUCUUUAUCGCCAGGGAAUUCGGGUGUGAGGAACGAUGACAUGUGGCAGGCAGCGGUUGGUGGCCUGAAGAAGGCUCUGGACGGAGUUAAUCUGUUGAAGCAGAUUGUGGCGGUGCAGCAGGCGCAGUUGAUGAUGCAGCAGAAGCAGCUCCUGGAACAGCAGCAGCUGCUGAAGGGUGUGACGUUGUGCAUAGGGGAACGAUCACCUGGAGCCAUUGCGGUUGCGGCAGCAGCCGUCCCUUCAGUGGAGCAUGAGUCCAUGGAUACUACAUUGAAGCUUUUCUCGUGAGUUUAGUUAGAGGGCAAAUUCGGGCGUGGCAAUGGUUGUCUCUGCAACCAAAAAAGGGCAUUUGUAAAUUCGUUUGAAGCUCCUACAUGAUCCCUGUUGCUGUUUGCAUGUGACAAGAUCGUGUGAUAUUUUAGCGUUUGGGCUUUUGAAGCGUUUGAACGGUGAGUGUGGCCUUGAAACGGUUUUGGCAUGUUGCAGCUAGAUAC